UUUCUCUGUAGCCACAGAGCUAGCAGGAAGUGCAGCCUGGGUGCCUCCACUCGUCUCAUCAAUGCAGCUUUCAUUCUCCCUCUGUGGGGCAAGAUGGAAGCUGUACAAAAGGACUGCUGGUACUUCGUGGUACUUAUCUUUCUCCCUUUUCUUAAAGUUGCUGUCCAGCAGAGAGUGAUCGCUACAGUUAGACUGGAGGAGGGGAUGGUUCUGGACUGCUUGUGCCCCUGGGAUGGCAACCUCAGCAUGGUGUCUUGGACCAAAUUGUCAGAAAAAAAUCCAGUGGCUGUUUUCCAUCCAGAGUUUGGAGUGGCUCUUUCUCACCGUUUCCAGGGAAGAGUAGAUUUUCUGAGAACCACACCUAUGGAUGGCAGUAUUUCCAUUAGGAAUGUCACUCAUCAGGACAUCGGGCUUUACUACUGCUCUGUUCAGACCUUCCCUCAGGGGCCCUGGACCAAGCACAUUCAGGUGGAGGACUUGGAUGAGCCACCAGAAGAAGACCCCACAGAGCCCCCACCCCCACAGGAAACUGUGGCAAACCACGAGGUCGUAGCAGAGCAGAACAGCAACCUGACCAUCGAAUGUAACCAUCAGCAUAAUGGCACCGUUAACCAGGUUGUAUUGGAGAAGAUGCUCCAUGGCCAGCCCUGGAGAAUUAUUGGCGUGUGCAAGAAGACAGAAGGAGGCCUGGUGGGAGAGGAUUACAGCGACAGGGGCAGGAUCAGCUGUGCAGACAGCCUGGAUAUGAGUCUGCAGUUGACUCAAGUGACACAGGAAGACGAUGGUUUUUACCGCUGUACUUUUAACACAGAUGCAGGACAGCAAACGACCACCGUGCAACUCACCACUGUCGCCCCAGGUGGAUUCAGCCUGUCGUUAUACAUGAUGUACAUUUACAUCGGGGCUGGAGCAGCUGGACUUGUUCUACUCAUUGCCAUCAUCAUCGUAGUAAUGAGGCAAAGAAAGCGGAACAAGAGAAAGGAGUACAGAGUCAAACUGCACCCAUCCCAGGGACAGCCAAACUUCUAUGAGAACAUCCCCAUGUGCCCCAGGAUAAAGAAAUCCAGACAGAUCAGAAAUUGCCCCGUUUAUGCCAACCUACAGACUGUACAAUCCAUGAAAACCGCAUCCAACCAGCGCCGGUGUAAUAAGUAAACCCACAAAAGAAAUGGAGGCAGUGGCAGAGGCAGUAAUGGAUAGGCGGACUAUUCCGCUAGGAACAAGACAAAUGUGGACAAGGUAGAAAUGUGGAACAUGAAGGGACAAUAAAAUCACAACUUUUUUUGCUUUCAUUCACUUAUUUUGCUGUUCCAAGCGAACCAGAAGAAUCUGUAACUGUACAUUUGGCUGUGAUCACACUGAUGAUGCCGUGUGUGUGUGUGUGCGUGCGUGUGUGUGUGUGUGUGUGUGACCAGCCAUACUGAAACCGAUGUGUGCGACUGUUAAUGAUUUCAUGUGGUAUGAAUAAAACUGU